UAAUGUAUCUUUAUAUAUAAUUUAAUUGUUUGCUUAUUUUCUUUUGUGAAAUAACAUGAUGAAAUGUAGGCACGUGAAAGAUAUGCGUCACUAAAGAAGAGCACACGCGAGGACAUUGUUGCUGGACUAGAAGAGGAGCUUCAAAACUCGAAAUCAGCAUUUGAGAGAACCCGUUUCAGUCUGGUGAAUUCUCUCAUCAAUGUUGAAUCAAAGAAGAAAUACGAGUUUCUGGAGUCCUUCAGUGCAAUUAUGGAUGCUCACCUUAAAUAUUUCAAGCUGGGAUACGAAUUAUUUAGUCAAAUGGAGCCCUUGAUACAUCAGGUGUUGACAUAUGCACAACAGUCGAAAGAGGUGGCAAAUGCUGAGCAAGACAAACUUGCAAGGAGAAUGCAGGAGUUCCGGACUCAAGUGGAAAUGGACAACAUACGUGCUGCAAGUAACACAGAAGCCUCAACAAGUAUUGACUGUACUCGCCCUGUCGGGAUGGGAUCGUCAUACAAAGAUAUAGAGGCAAUUAUGAAGUCUACCACGAAUGGAAUGGUCCAAACCAUCAAGCAAGGUUACCUCCUUAAACGUUCUUCAAGCUUGAGGGCAGAUUGGAAGAGGCGGUUCUUUGUGCUUGACAGUCGUGGAACGUUAUAUUAUUACAUAAUCAAGGGCCCAAAGCCAGUGGGCCCUCAUUCAAAUCAAACAACUGCUAUUGUAGAACAUAGUACUGGUGUAUUUGGGAGAUUCCGAGCAAGACAUAAUAGGACUGCAUCAUGGAGUGAAGAAAGCCUUGGCUGUCGAACUGUUGAUCUUCGUACAUCAACUAUUAAAAUUGAUGCAGAAGACAGGGAUCUCCGGCUUUGCUUUAGAGUAAUUUCGCCCUCGAAAUCAUACACAUUGCAGGCUGAAACUGAAGCAGAUAGAGUGGAGUGGGUCAACAAAAUCACUGGAGUUAUUACUUCACUUUUGAACUCUCAUCUAGAACAGGAGCCAAUUGGUCCAUUUGAUAAGAAUUAUAACUCAAAAAUUGCAAGUGAAGGUAUGUCAAAUGUCACAAUAACACAUAGUCGAAAUCUGAGCAAUGAUAUGGAGAAGCUCACAGUUGGCGUGUCUCAACUCCUAAGGGAAAUUCCUGGAAAUAAUCAGUGUGCAGAAUGCAAUUCUCCUGAUCCUGACUGGGCCUCGUUGAAUCUUGGCAUCUUGAUGUGUAUCGAAUGCUCAGGUGCCCAUCGCAAUCUGGGCGUUCACAUUUCAAAGGUUCGAUCUAUAACAUUGGAUGUCAAGGUUUGGGAGUCAACGAUUUUGGAGUUAUUUAAAGCACUUGGUAACGCUUAUUGCAACUCUGUGUGGGAGGAGCUACUGUCAGUUGAUAAUGAGAGAAAGGACGAAUCAGAGUGUUCUCCCACAUCCAUUGUGAAACCAUCUUCGCGCGACUCUUUCAGUAAGAAGGAGAAAUUUAUCCAGAUGAAGUAUGUAGAAAAGCAGCUGAUUAGCCUAAAUGCAACUGAUACAGGCCUCACUUCAUGUGCCUGUGCUCUUUGGGAAGCAGUUAGAGCUAGUAACUUGCGUGAAGCAUAUCGUCUGAUUGCAGUGUCAGAUGCCAGCAUCUUGAAUACCACAUUUGAUGAGACGCACCGUGUUGAAUCAAGUAGACUGGAAGAAGGCCUAGGCAAAGAUGGUCACAAGUUAGAUCCAGAUGCAUGUCCAAGGUUAAGGGCUGGUGAGCCAGAAAAUUGCCUUCGUGGUUGUUCACAGUUGCACUUGGCAUGCCACAUUGGCAAUACUGUGAUGAUUGAACUCUUGCUGCAAUUUGGUGCCGACGUUAAUAUGCGUGACUUUCAUGGACGGACUCCUCUGCACCACUGCAUUGCAAAAAAGAACAAUGAGCUGGCAAAGUAUCUUCUAAGGAGAGGUGCAAGAAGACUUAUUAAGGAUUGGGGAGGACUGACUGCACUGGAGAGAGCAAUGGAGAUGGGAUCAAUUACAGACGACGAGCUGUUCAUUCUGCUUUCCGAGAACGAGUGAGCAAAAUUACUUAGUAUAGCCUAGUGUGCUGCUUGAUUUUAUAUAUACUACUACAUAUAUAUUUAUUUGACCUGUGUUGCAAACCCUGUAAUUACUCAUAGAAAUAGAAAUGUAUGUAAUAUGCAAGCAUGCAUCAUUCAUUAAAUCAAGUCCUCUUUAUUUUGAACAUAGUUUACAGGAUCGGAUGAUUUGCGCAUUUGUCUAUAGUAAUGUUAUAGCUUUUUUCUACAAAUGUGUUGUACCAACGUGAGCUGAUGUAACAACAGUACCUUGAUAACACAUUGCUUGAUUUGAUUCAA